ACCAGCCAAAUAAACAAAGUUAUCUUAAGUUCUUAACAAAUAUUUAUAAUUUUAUACCUGAUUCCUGAACCUUCUCAGAACCUGAUACGUUGAGGUGAGCAGUUGAGACUUGAGAGAGGCGGAGAGCAGAGAAUCAGAGAGAGGCUGAGGACAGACUGAACAGUGGAGACUGGAGACUAGAGAGAGGCGGAGAGCAGAGACUAGAGACUAGAGAGAAAGGUGAUUCUUGCACAUGGACCUGGAAUUUUCUGAAGUUAAUUUAGCAUGUCUUGGAGGAGAAUCUUUUAUAAGUCUCAUUACUAGAGCUUGGGUCUUUCUCACUAUUCCCUUACAGUUCAUAUAUUCAUGGAUCGUUGGAUUGGAGUUUUGAAGGUCCCAUUGGGCCUUAACAGCGGAUAUUACUAUAGAGUUGCAGCAUCUUUGUGCCUUUCACCUACUACCAAAAACUUAGCUGUGCCUUCUGCAAACGCCAUCUUUUUCAAUGGAGAUCGUAUUGAAGGGACUGGGAACCCAGUGAUUGAGAGGCUGUCUGAUUUACAGAAUAUAGCCGAAAUCCUGGUUUCAAAGUUCGGAGGUUCUAUCAAUGCUUGGGUCAUUGAGGCUUCUGUUUUUAAUGGGCCUUUUGCUGUCUAUAAGGAUUUUAUUCCAUCUGUGAAUCAAUGGGGAGAACCAAAAUCAUAUAGCCCAACUGGAUUCCCAGCUUCUAGGACAAGUGUCUCACUCUUUUCAAAUUGCCUUGAAGAGGUAAAGAAAAUAAUUCUAGGAAGACAGAAGGAGCAAAGGGAGGUAAAGAAAAUAAUUCCAGGAAGACAGAAGGAGCAAAGCCCAGCCAGUAUAUCUGCAUCACAUCCGCCACAACCUAAAACAUUCAUCCUUGGAUUUAGCAAGGGUGGUACUGUGCUUAAUCAGCUAGUUACUGAACUUAGCUUCUCAGAUGUGAAAUUAACUGGAAAUUCACCUCACACUGAAGAACAGUCAACAAGCCACAAGUAUUCCAAUUUCACAGAAGAGAUUAAAAUAAUACCUAAUACAGAAGAAGGCCUUUUAAACAGCAUCACCGAGAUCCAUUAUGUGGAUGUUGGAUUAAAUUCCUCUGGUGCAUAUCUAACUAACCAUGAUGCUUUUGAGAGAAUCUCCAAACGCCUUACACAAGGAGGUAAAGGAAUUCGUUUUGUUCUUCAUGGCACUCCUAGGCAAUGGUGUGACUCUAGGCGAAUUUGGAUACUCAAUGAAAAAGACAAAUUGGUCCGUAUGCUCGAAUCUGUAGCUGAUAGGAGUGGAGGGAAAUUACAGGUCUGCGAGAGAUUUUAUUUUGCUCAAAGGCCUCCUGAUCUACAGAUGCAUUUUGAAAUAAUUGAAAAUAUGGAUGUCAGUUAAGUGCUGUGAAUUUGGUAUCAAAAAUAGAAAACACACUGUAUUAGGUGUGUGAGCACCAUGAUGGUUCUAACUAUGCAGCAUUCUAGUGGAUGUAAUUUUUUUUUUUUUUUUUUUUUUAAAUGUACAAUUUGUAUAUAGUGGUUUCAUUUCCCCCCAUUGUUUGGAUGACAUUAGUUGAUACUGUAAAUAUUGAUGAGUUCCCUUUCUUCAAAA